CACAAAAAUCUGAAGAUCAAAUUUUGAAACUUCUCUGAUAUCAUAAAAUCUCCAAUCACAAUCUAGCUUACAAUAUCAUCAUUUAUAUCUAAAAUCCAUAUUCAAAUUACAGGUGGCUAGCCUUCUAACUCGUCACUCCCCUUGGUUUCCUCGUCCUCGGUAUCGCUUCUUGAAAUGGUGGACAAGGAAAACUAUGAAAUAACUCAGUAAGUAAAUAUGGAUAGCCCUUGGGUAAAACUUUUAAGCAUGCCAGAUAAACCAUGUAAGUAUAACAAAACUUUCACUGAUAAACCGUUAAUGCGGAAAUCAAAUUCGGUUCAAUAGCAAAACGUUCAAUGACAAAAUCGUCAAUGCAAAAUCAAAUUCAGUUCAAUAACAAAACGUUUCCUGACAAACCGUUAAUGCAGAAGAAAACUCAGUUCAAUAGUCUCAUCUAUAAGUCAUGGCCAGUGUUAUAACAACCCACUGGCAGGCGACAGAAAUGUGCCAAUGUAUUCGCCCAGUGGCAGGUGUCAAAAUAAACCAGUCAUAUCAGU